AUGCAGCCACUCGAGGUCCACGUCGUGGACGACCACCACCACGUGCUCGAGCCCAUUCACCGCGCCAUUCGGCAGCGGCGCCUGCCCUUUGCCAACUGCACGAUCGUCCAUGUCGAUGCGCACGCCGACUUGGCCUUUCCGCCGAGUCUUCCGGCCGCGACGAUCUUCUCGCCCGGCGCAUUGUACGACGGCCUUGACGCCUCCGAUGCGGGCAUUGCGUCGUUCUUACUGCCACUGGCCUACGCCGGCCACAUACACCGUCUCGUAUGGAUCAAGCCGCCGUGGGCGACACAGAUGGCCAUCGGCACGCAUACCUUUCACGUUGGUCAGCAAAAGGACACAGGCUGCCUUGGCGUGACGAGCCACGCGUCGUACUUUGUCGAUGAGAACCUCUACGCGCCCCUGGACGCGCUCGAGAAGCCAGCGUCGCUUGAGCUCACGGUGGCCGAGCUCCCGGCGGCGCCAUUGCCAGAGGGCCCCUAUGUGCUGGACAUUUGCCUCGACUAUUUUCAACGCUCAACCCGUUUCGCCAAGGUUUACGCGGCCGUAGACAUUACGCGCGAUUUGGGCGAUGACACGGCGUUGCUCCUUUCGGGUAUCUAUGGCGACCUCGCCUUCAAGAAGAAGAAGGCGGAGCUACCGCACAGCACUCGGCUCGAGCACGCCCGCCUCUUUGCAACGACCAUGACGACGUUGUUUCGCGAGCGCGUGUGGGAAGACCGCACCGCCUAUGACGCCCACAUGGCGCCGCUCAUCGACUUGUACACGCUGUCCCCAACGGCCGUGGCCGAGCAGUUUGUAGCUCUUCGCAAUCUUCUGCUCACUGCGUCAAGCGACGAGCUGGCGAUGAUGGAGUGGGCGGGACCGUGCAUGGACCUGCCACAGCACAAAGCGUCCGACGAUGAGAUCGAGGGUCUGCUUGCCGCCCUCGAGACGUUCUUGACCACGGCGGGUCGCCCGCGGCUCGUCACGAUCGCAGAGUCCAAGGACGACGAGUACACGCCACCGGGCCAAGUAGAGAUGCUCCUCGCGCGCGUGCUAUCGCUCCUGGGCCGUCGAUUUGGCGCACUCAAUGUCUCGUACGACGACCAGAGCGAAGAAGACGCUUCGUAAGCACAUACAGUCUGUCCAUUUUAAACUAGUAGAGGUUGGCGAUGCUCUGGUACGUCUGAG